CCGAUAUAUGACUACAAAAUUACGAAAUAAUGAGAAAGUGGAGUUGUACAAAAACAAAAGUUGGAGCGUUAAAGAUGAAGUGAAGAGUAGGAAGAAGAAUAACAACAUCAACAAUACCAACAAGAUGUUGAUAUCAAUCAAUAUCGUCGGUAGUUCGGGGCCAUUAAUAAUUAUGGUUAACGAGGAUGAUGUUGUUUGUGAUGUUAUUGACAAGGCUUUCAAAUUAUAUGCACGUCAAGAAAGAUUACCUGCUUUGAAAUCUAAUAUAUCUGAUUGUGUUUUAUAUUGUUCAAAUGAUGUCUCUGCUGCUCUAAGUCCAUCUGCACCCAUAGGAACUUUUAGAACAAGAAAGUUUGUGCUAUCUGAGAAUCAAAUAUCAUCAACAAAGACAGAAGAAGCAGGAUCAAAGGGAAGAAAUGACAGAUGGAAAUUAUUUAGUUUUAAAAAAUUCCGUUUUGCAUUCCAUUGUGGUAGAGAUUAAUUUUCUUCGGAUAUGAAUUUUACAAAAGUGAUGAAAUAUA